CAAAUUUUCGAAAAUGUUCUCUUGGUUGAGAAUAUUUUUUAAGUCCUGAGUAACUUGAUUUUCAAUUGGACUAGCCCCAUACAGGUCUUUUCUUUCAAAUCACAGUAGCUCGGUAAAUUCCAAACGUCAAGUUAAAUCCCAGCGCAAACUCGUAGUGCCAUCAGGGUUCUAUAUCCAUAUCUCACUCAAGUUCACCAACCGUUUCUUCGUCAUGGGCAUCCCGGCAGGAGACGUUGAGAAAGGGAAGAAGCUAUUCGUCCAACGCUGUUCGCAGUGUCAUACCGUGGAAGCCGGCGGCAAGCACAAAAUUGGGCCAAACCUGCACGGAAUCUUUGGGCGCAAAACGGGUCAGGCUGCGGGAUUUUCCUACACCGACGCCAACAAGAACAAGGGUAUCACCUGGAAUGAGGACACGCUGUUCGAGUACCUGGAAAACCCGAAAAAGUACAUCCCUGGUACCAAGAUGAUAUUCCCGGGCAUGAAGAAGCCCAACGAGCGCGCUGAUCUGAUUGCGUACCUGAAGGCGUCGACUUGAAACGUGACUGAAUUGUAUUCCUGAUGUUAUUGUCUAGUGAUUUAUUUAAAUCUUAUGCAUUGUUGAAUAAAAUUUGAAUAAAACUAUCAAAAAAUCAUUAUCAUAGUAAACAAGAGGCAAUGAAAUUUUAGACACGACUCAACUGCCGUUAUACGCCUAAUUGCCAAAAAGUCUAUUUUUACCUACAUUAUUAGAAAACAAUUAAAAAAAAAUAUACUUUGUUCGAACACUCUAUGAAAAGCAUAUCAAGACAAUUUGUCCCACUGUUGAAUUUCUACGCAUAACUGUCUCGCUACUGAAUUUCUACGCAUAUCUGUCCCACUAUGUAUGUUCCAAAAACUGUUGCAAAUAAAAUACUAAAUUUAUAGGAUUCAUUGAGCUGUGUCAAAUCGUUUUAUAUCACCUUUUAUUUGGCUCUACAUCCCAUGUGGAACAUUGCCUGUUUGGCACAAUAGUGUUCAGAGGCAGGUGUUGUACAGGGAUAGACUAAAUAAUUGAGCUAGGCGAAAUUUUUUUUUUAAAUUCAAAUUCUUGAAACUUUUUGAAAAAUGAAUGAAAUUG